AUGGGCAAAAUAAACAAAGAGCUAAGUAAGUUUCACGAACGUACCGCAUCAAUUCCAUCAAAAUAUCAAACAAUUGUCAUCAGCAAUAAUGAAAAGAAAGGCUUCUUCUCGCAGACCAAAAGGUUCUCAGACAGCGCUCAGAAUGAAAACCCAGGACCUGGCUCAUAUGUCUCUCAUACAGCAGCAGAGAUGCACAGCCCCUCGUUUUCACAGAAAGGCACAGGGUUCUUUGCAUCUCAGGCAGUCAGAAUACCUCGAACCCCCAGGAGAAUUAUUCCCGCACCCAAUGCCUAUGACCUACAGUCUUCCUUGGUCCCUAAGCACUCUUUUGGCAUAGGCGAAUCCAGAAACUUCCGCCAACCUAUUGCACUGAAAACAGAGAACGUGAAGAACAAGACCCCUGCCCCUAAUGAAUACAACGUGUCUUAUGACGCAGUUGAAAGAAACACAGUAAUGUCUUUGAAGUCUUCAUUUCUCUCUAAGUCUGAGAGAAAUCCUGUUCUCACCAGCGCCUUAAGAGCACUGUCUCCUUGUCAUUACGAGGUCAGAGAUGCUGUAAUUCGGAAGGAUCCUAAGGUGCCUUUCUCCAGCUUUAAGUCAGGGACUGCAAGAAUUCAGUCACCCGUGAACAAUCAGGUCCCAGGCCCGGGGGCCUACAGUCCCCACCAGCCAGCACCACCAGUAAACAGGACCAUUCUACCAAGGGGGCAUUACUUGGCGUUGUCUGCACCCCCGCUGAUACUCCCCAAACCCCCUCCUUUACCUGGGCCUGGUCACUAUAAUAUAGUAAACUAUGACAUCCCACCCAAACAGUUUGUGUCGAGUGCUGCAUUUAUGUCUGGUACCAGCAGGUGGACUCAGGAGCCCAGAGGCCCAGGAAUCCCUGGACCAGGUUCCUAUAACCCUGAAGUGUCACUGAAGCAGUCGUUCUUAUACAAUCGUGCCAAGAAGUGGAUACCACUGUAA